AUGGUGCUUGAAGCAACAAUGAUAGCAAUAGAUAACUCCGAGUACAUGCGUAACGGAGAUUAUCUCACGACAAGAUAUGAUGCACAACUCACAGCAACAGAGUUCAUUUUCCAGAACAAAGUCAACUCCAACCCAGAGAACACAGUGGGUUUAUUGUCUUACGGUGACAACGGACCGCAAGUGUUGUCGACAUUGACCACGGAUUUUGGAAAGAUUUUGUCUGGCGCCCACGGAACAAAAAUCGGGGGCGAGAACCACUUUUCUAGCGGCAUUCAAGUUGCAGCGUUGGCGUUGAAACAUAGGCAAAACAAGGUACAAAACCAACGGAUCAUUGCAUUUGUUGGAAGCCCCAUCAAGGAAAGUGAAAAGGAGUUGGAGAAAUUGGCCAAGAAAAUGAAGAAGAACAACGUGGCUGUCGACAUUAUAAAUUUCGGCGAAGAAGAAGUGAACACGGCAAAGUUGGAGAAGUUCCAUGCGGCUGUCAACAACCACGAUAACUCACAUUUGGUGACUGUUCCACCUGGUCCAAGAUUAUUGUACGAGGUGAUUGCUUCAUCUCCGAUUUUGAUGGAGGAAGGAUUUGAAAUGGGCGAAUCGGGCGACUUUUUCGGCAUGGGCGGCAUGGAUGCCAAUAUGGACCCAGAUUUGGCACUUGCCUUGAGAUUGUCUUUGGAAGAAGAGAAAUUGAGGCAGGAAAGAGAGGCGGCAGAGUCUAAGGGCGGUGACUUGGACAAGAUCGAAGAAGAGGCCGAAGAUAAGAAAGAGGACAAAUAG